AUACGCUCCGUGUGUAGCCUGAAUAAAUUAUUUCUAUGUAACCUCAUUGAUGUCAAAUGACAUGGCUGUCUGCUAUAAACGCACAUCAAGUGAUGACACAUUUGAGUUCAUUGAUACAACAGAUGUUCUAUCAGUGAAGUUAACUGGGGAAGCGUCAAAGCAUCUUUUCACUGGAAAUCAAAAUAAUUUUAUUCAGAUGACUGAGGCAACAUCUCCUACAAGCAAGCGGACAGGUCCACUAACCCUGGAGCAGUUUCAAGGACUCCGUGACAGCGAUGGACGACUGGUUGAUGAGUCUAGUCUCCGUAGAGCUGUAUUUCUUGGAGGCAUUGAACCAGGCGCAAGAAAGGAAGUAUGGCAAUACCUUUUUGCACUAUACCCUUGUAACUCAACAAAAAGGGAGAGAGAGGCAUUACUGUUGGACUAUAUCGUGAAGUAUGAAGAAAUGAAGUCACGCUGGAAGGAGAUCUUAAAGGCUUCAGCACCACCAGGAGCCAGUGACCUGGAACAAGGUCUGGUUGCUAGAUACCAGUUACCAGACGGUUCCCUUCACCUCAGCCCUGACUUAACCACUGCUCCCCUGCAAUAUUUCAACCCAGACUUGGUCCAGCAUCAGCCUGUGGGCCAGGAAAGGGAACCAACUCUAAGGGAAGUAGCAAAACACUGCAAAUUCCUUGAUGCCAACAGCCCGGAGACCAAACAGCAGAUUUCCUUCAUGAAAAUUCAGGCCCAGGUGUUUGUCAACAGACAGAAACUAGAUGCUACAGAGAUUAGGAAUUGUCUUCGUUUAAUAGACAAAGAUGUUCCGCGUACAGACAGGGACGUACAUUACUUCAAGGACAGUACUACACCUAGCCUGACCAUGCUACGAGAGAUGUUAAUCACGUAUGCUGCCUUCCAACCAACUAUUGGCUAUGCGCAGGGAAUGAACGAUAUCAUAGCCCGGUUCCUAUUCGUGUUUGACUCAGAGGUUGAAGCAUAUUGGUGUUUCCAUAAUUACCUUGAGAAAAUCAAGACAGACUUUCUAGAAGAAGGCAUGGUUGGUAAAAUAGUUCUUGUACGUAAACUUUUACUGGAGAUGGACAAACCUCUACUGGAACAUCUGGAACAACACGACCUGGGUGACCUGAUAUUCUGCCAUAGAUGGCUGUUGCUGGGUUUCAAGCGUGAGUUCUCCUUUCUGGACUCGCUGCGCGUGUUUGAGAUCCUCAGUUCUCACCAUCUGGAACUCUCCUCGAUGGAGGCAGAGACUGCCAAGAGGAGACAACUCAUGAAAGACUUUGCAAAUACUGGUGGCAUGGCGCGUACGGCGCCUGUACAGGCAGACUCUGAGUUCACAUUUGAGUUGUUCAUGUGUGUGGCCCUCCUACAGCACUGUAGAGACCAGCUACUCACAUGUACAGAUGCUGCUAUGGUGUUUGACGUCAUCAAUCAUUUAGACAUACAGUUAGAUAACAUUCUUGAGAAAUCGGAACAGCUGUUUUUCAAGUACUGCAGAAAAACUGUGGAGGACAGCUUUCAAAUAGUGGACACACCAUCAAAAGUGCGACAUCAAAAGAGAUAGCAAAGUUCAAUGUGAUAUUUUAACUAUAGUCUUUUAUACUUCAAAGUCUAGACAAUGCUGACAAAACAAAUUACAGUGCCAAACAAUUUAGCAGUGUUCAAGACACCGUUUGUGCAGUGCACAAAGUUCAAGUAAUGAGCAUCUAUCAGAUCGCCUGCAUGUCUGGCAUGAUGCCAAACCUGACAAGACAAUGUGUCUUGACUCUUUCAGUGCUGGAACCGAAUUUUAAAGGCCUUGUCAAACAGUUUGGAUCCAGAUGAGACGCCACAGAACAUGGCGUCUCAUCAGGAACCAAACUGUUUGCUAUUCUUAAAGUAUUCUUUCCAAAAAAUCGAAGAAAAUGCUAACUUUAGAAAUUAAGCAGACGACAUUUUAUCAGACAACAAAUUUCCCAGCAUGCCAAGGGUUAACAGGGCCUCCAGAAGUGUGGCACAUUUUACUUGGAUGCCAAUCAGCAGGGUUCACAUGUUUAUACCCGCCCGUAGUGGGAGCCAUAAAGAAAUGCUGUGGUCUGUCCUAAGUCAAUAUUUCUAUCAUGAAGCUUGUGUUUUGAACAUGGAUUUAACUAUUGGGUGGAUUGUUCAAACUUUCACCCAAGUUUUUACCAAAACAUACAACACACAAACACUAACUUGGGCAAUUUUUUAAAUCAAAAUAAGACAGAUUUUUUAAAAUUAUUUUUUGUUUUGUUUUAUUUUGACAAAAAAUAAAGAAAAUAACAUAUGAAUAACCCAAUUAAUUACAUCACUGGAUUUUGGAUUUUGUUUUAUUAAAUAUGUCUUGAAAUAAUAGGAAAAGUAAUAAACAAUGGUACAUUUUAUUAGUGCAGGUGAAUUGCUUGGUUACAAAGUCUUCACAUGGAUGUGCCAUUUGAACUCACUUGAAAACACGGUAUUAAAGUGAUAUUAGACGCAUCUAACAGUAUAUAGGUGUCUAUCGCAACCGUUUUUUAUUUUUGGUGUUAUCACUUCAUAUACACUUAUAUUUAUUAAUGCAGCAUCAAAAUACUAAAACAGUAUCCUUGAAAGAGAAAAAUAAUGCAUUUGAAUAUCAACCGUACUUUCGUUUUGACAACCAACGACAGAAAUGAUUCGAUUAACGAUGUGAAUCGAAAUUUAUUUUUAGUGCAGAUUCGUUCAAACGACACAAAGACACAAUUUUGUUUGACGGAUCAUUUUAAUUUCCUGCAACGAUAUCUGUUCAUACGACACACGAAUACUAACUCCGAUCCUAAUAAAAAGACAGUUCCCCUCGGCUUAGAGGACUGGGACAGUCAUGUAAAAUAUCGCAUAUAAUGUAUAUUUUUUUAUAAACAACUAGUAGCAAGAUGAAUUGCAGAUAUAUUCUAAAACUGAAACGUCUUUGUGAGCUUUUAACUUUAUUUGUAGCUAAUCUUUUGAGUGUUUGUUUAAUGGGCGCAAAAAUUCCUGUUUGAAAUUCAAUUCUUAGAAAAAUGAACUGUCUUGUACAAUCAUGUGGCUUAUGUGUACAGAUUAUUUCAUGUCAGGUUGUAAUACUCUACGGAUUACUAUAGUCUAAACCAUAAAGAUUAAGACAGCUGAAAAGGAGACUUUAUCUCUCUGGUUCCAAUACUCAAGUAUCUGUUUCAAACAGUCUGUCCUUGAAACAAUCGAUGCGUCUGAUAUGAUCUCUAUCAAAUUGUGUAAUUUUAUUCUUAUAAGAGUAUAUUAUAAUUCCGAGACAACAGUCUGUCACAUAAGACGCUUUGAGAACUGUAUUAACGUGUUAGUCAAGACCUUCAAAGAUAAAGUCGUUGUCUCCGUAGAACUUCUGGACAGUUCAACAUGAAUUGGAAAGCUUUAUAGAUGGAGCCAUGUUAAUUGGAAUGCAUAUGUGGUUAUUUCUCAUCUGUAUACAUCUGCCAGUAUGUACACUUAUAAAUUCCAUAGGGCUAAUUGCUUUCGUCUUUAUUAUUCAGUUGUAACUUAUAUAUUUUACUGUCUUGUUUAUAAAAAUAGAAUAAAACCAUUGAAAAUAG